AUGGGUUGGAAGUAGUUAGAACCUACCACUAUCACAUCCUACCCACAGUUGUCAUUGUCCCGCGUCACGUUUUACAUCGCGACAAAUGACACUAAACGUGCUUGUACACGCGGUCUAUUUGACACAUUAUAUUAUGGUGAUUUUAUAAUGUUUUCGUGGUUUACUGGUAUCAUUGUUUCAGGAUUGUUUUGCAUUGUUUGACCUAACAUAAAUUGCUUUGUUUAUUCGAGAAAAAGUGUUAUGUUUGUUAUUAUUUCCUCGAAAAAGUGGUUUUUAUGGUCAACGGACACUUUGUGAUGAGUGAACACAAUCGAUACAAUAGUGUUAAAGCAGUUGACAAGGACAAAAAGUUUAAUCGAUUGUCACUUGGGCACUUUGUUACACUUGGAAUGUCUUCGUCAUAUCUAUUUUAAUUUCAUAAAAAUAAUAAUAAUAACAACAAUAAUAAUAAUAGAGGAUGGACAGGAGUAGUUAAAGUUUGUUUAAUUUAAAUGAAAGAUGCCGUGUCUGUCAGUGGAUUCGUGCACUUGAAAUGUGUUAACAUUGUUACCUUUUGGUGGAAUUGUUUCUAGUGCUUCUGAUGCUAGAUGUUGGAUGCUGAUGCUUUUACUUCAGUUGAUACCACCACAUGCUAACACAUACCGCAUUAAAUGUACUAGUAUAUAUACAUAGACAUAUAUAUAUAUGUAUAUAUAUAUAUGGGAGAUGUGUGUCAACAGUGAGCCAGUGAGUUGGUGGUAAGUGAGUGCGGGUGAGGGUAAGGGUGCGUGAGUGUGGAGGAUUAAAGCUGUCACAGUGCUGGUGAACAAACAACGGGUCCAUGAUUUCCGACGAAAGUUCCAAUCGGAUGUUAGGAUACGUAAUGGCCACCGAAUUGAAACUGAAGAAUAAUCAUAACAUAGGCAAUGAAGAUGGAUGCCAAAGAUGGAGGAAGUUCCUAGUUUAUGGAUUUGUUAUGAUCAUUGUGGGUGUGGCGCCCAAUGUAAACAGCCAGUCUGCCGAAUGCCCACCGAGUGAACAGAUUCCAGGUUGUCCUUGUUAUAAUUUUGAGGAUGGUCUGUUUCUGGAAUGCGCAGGGGCCAAUGAGGAAACGUUGAGAAAGACUAUGCAGAGUGUUUUGAACGAAGGAGGUCCAAUGACAGUGGUCCAGUCACUGAGUAUCUAUGAGCUUGACAAAAGCAUAGUGGAACUACGUCUAAGAUCUUUUCCUCCGGGCUCUCAAAUUAAACAUCUUCAGAUCUCGCAUUCGUAUGUACACGAUGUGCAUGAGAAAGCGUUCCUUCCUAUUAAGGAUAGUUUAGAAUCACUAACUAUAGUGUCCAGCCGACUGACCCAAGUUCCUCAGAAGUCUCUCACUGAGCUCCACAAGCUGGCAGCUCUAGAUCUUGAAAACAAUCUAAUCCAAGAUCUACCGUCCUAUUGUUUCUGGGGCCUGAAACUACUGAAGCUUAGCCUGAAAGGCAACAUGAUCUCCAAAAUAUCUGAGCACAGCUACGCUGGUCUAGAGGCCACACUAAGCGAUCUGGACCUUUCAGAAAACAAGCUGAGUCUCUUUCCUAUGUCAGCGCUGCGUCGUUUAGAAAAUCUGGCGACUCUUCGCCUGGCUUGGAACGAAAUCUCCCAACUGCCUGAUGAUGGCUACUCAAGACUCUCAGGUCUUCUGGUCCUAGAUCUCAGUAGCAACAAUUUCGACGAAUUGACUGUUGAUUGUUUCGCUCCCUGCCCAUAUUUACAAACCCUGUCCCUCUACUAUAAUUCCAUUGAAACCGUCCACAAGGACGCUUUUAUUUCCUUGACUGACCUCGAAUCCAUUGAUCUUAGCCACAACAAAAUUGUCUUCCUAGACACUUCGACCUUCAAAUCUAAUCCCAGACUUCGCAACAUCGAGCUGAGUCACAACCAUAUUCAUUACAUGAGCGGCGUCUUCAGUCGGCUUCCAGAACUCCGUGAAGUUUAUUUGGCAGAAAACAACAUUCUGGAACUUCCCGCGGAAUCAUUUAUUGGUAGUGAUAAUCUUGCUGUGAUUUACCUACAACAGAACGCAAUCCGCCGCGUAGAUGCUAGAGGUCUAGCAAGCUUACACCAGCUUGCCCAAUUACACUUAUCCAAUAACUUCAUUGAAAGCAUUCCAAUUGACUUUUUCACCACCUGCGGCAACUUGACCGCAGUCUCGCUCGACGGAAAUCGAAUCUCGGACCUCAAACCCGGGACUUUCAGUCAAACUAAUCAACUACGCGAGCUACGUCUCCAAGAAAAUCGAAUCACUCUUAUAAAACGCGGAGUCUUUACACCCCUUAAAGAGCUUCUGGAACUCCAUCUCCAAAACAACGCAAUCGUUGGCAUAGAAACUGGUGCCUUGAAGACAUUGAAUUCAUUGCAACACAUAAAUUUACAAGGCAAUCAGCUAACAUCUCUAGGGGACGUGUUUCAAUUGUCUGGAUCGGGGGGGUCAGAAACUCCAGCCGGAUCACUAGUAUCGAUUCAAUUAGACAGUAACGGACUUGCCGUGUUGCACAACGAUUCCUUGCGUGGACAGGCGUCAGUGAGAAUUAUGUGGCUCGGACAUAAUCGGCUUACACACUUACAAGCAGCUUUGUUCCGUGACCUCCUUUUGGUGGAACGUCUCUAUCUCACGAACAAUUCGAUAGCUUCAAUCGAGGACUCGGCAUUUAAGCCAAUGCAGGCAUUGAAAUUUAUUGAAUUGAGUAUGAAUCGACUGGAGCGAAUCACUACACGGACUUUCGCGGAAUUACAUGAGCUAGAAGAGCUUUAUCUCCAAAACAAUGGCCUGCGUUUUUUGGAAGCUUAUGCUCUGACUGCUUUGAAAAAGCUGCGGAUUCUUGAUUUGGCAAACAAUCAUUUGACUAAAUUGCAUGCCGCGAUGUUCUUACAUGAGCUACCCAUCAGAAUUAUCAAUUUAAGAAACUGUUCGAUUAUUUCUGUUGACAAUGGGACCUUCGCUGACUUGCGCCAGCUGCAGGAAUUGAACUUGGACCAAAACUUCCUGACUGCAGAAGCGUUAACGCAGCUGGAAAUAUCAAGUCUUAAGAGUCUGACUGUUGCUCAGAAUAAUUUUACUUAUUUGAGCGAGCGGAAUUUCCGCGGGCUGCCGAACUUGCAAGAACUUGUUCUAGAUGAUGUGGAACUAGUGCAUUUGGAAGAGACGACAUUCAAGUGGAAUUUGAAUUUAACGAGGCUGCAGCUGGACAACAACUCACUGCGUAAUUUGCCAUCGGGUAUUUUUGAACACUUUGGGCAAUUGAGGGAGCUUCAGAUUGAUCACAACCGUAUGAUGGAAGUUCCGUAUGCUUCGCUACUGAGCGUUGACAAUUUGGAGAUUCUAUCUCUUGCACAUAACUGGAUUGUCACUGUAGACAUGGGAAGUUUGACCAACGUCGUCUACUUAAGAGAACUAGAUUUGAGUAACAAUCGAAUUGAAUCACUGUUUGGAUUUGCGAUGUCCAAUUUGACACGUCUAUUAGCUGUUGAUUUGAGCAGUAAUUAUUUGUCUGCAUUGCCAGCUAAUUUUUUCAUAAACUCACCGUUACUUAGACGCGUUGAUUUGUCGGAAAAUAAAUUCCUACAGUUACCAGCAGUUGCGUUGUCUGGACAAAAUUUGCCAGGGUUGACGUGGUUAAAUCUUACACGGAAUCCUCUAUUGAGAAUCCACGAACUUCCUGCCGAUGCGAUUUACCCUCAGCUUCAAGAAAUCUAUAUCACGGGAACCAAUUUGUCGAUUGUGACGAGUCAGGACUUUGAAGCGUUUCCAGCAUUGAUGCAUCUAUUUUUAGGCAAAAAUUGCAUCCAACGUGUUUCUCCGGGUGCAUUUCGGGCUCUACCAAAUUUGCUUACUCUCCAUUUGGGCGCCAAUAACUUGGAAUUACUGCCUAAGGAGCGUUUGCAGGGGAUGGAAUACUUAAGAAUCCUCAAUCUGACCCGCAAUCGGCUUAAGGAAUUGGAAGAAUUUCCAGCAGAUUUAAAGAUGCUACAGGUUCUCGAUUUGUCAUACAAUCACAUUGGAGUCGUGGGAAAGGAAACGUUUAAAAAUUUGGUGAAUUUGGUCGAGCUGCAUUUGUAUGGUAAUUGGAUAAAUGCAAUUUCUAAUGAAGCCUUCCGGCCACUUAAAAAAUUACGGCUAUUAGAUUUGAGUAGGAAUUAUUUGGAAAAUUUACCAUUGAAUGCAUUCAGGCCUUUGGAGACACAAAUAAGAAGCCUACGAACUGAAGAAAAUCCACUGCAUUGUGGGUGUGAAUCACAAGAACUAUGGGAAUGGCUACGUGACCAUCAAAAGUUAGUGGGUAUUGACCAUCGUACAAGCAAUAACCGUGUUGGUAUGCAAUCUAUCGACCCAUCUGCCGCGUCGUCAACUUCGACCGGGUCUUUGCGUUGUGAGCAACCACCAGAAUUGCGUGGUCUAGUGUUCCUUGACCUUGAUCCACGUGCCUUUUGUUCAUCGCCUCUUGUCAUCAAGCUCGCUAUUCAAGACAUCCAGCCAUUCUCCGUUCUAGUUUCCUGGCAAAGUCGCAAUCACUCUGGUUUACAUGGAUACCAAGUUGCCUAUCAUACUUUGGACAAUGUCAACGAGAUACGAGGUAAAUUACUGGAUCCAAAAGCUCGAUCUGUCCAAUUAUCAAAACUUCAGCCAAGUACCCAGUAUCUAAUAUGCGUAUUAGGCCUGGGAAAUUGGAUGACACCACUACCAGAAGACUUAACAUCCCUGCAGUGGAAUACUACUGACGAUUUACUAGACACUACCACAACAUCUUUAGCCCACCCAGUAAUGGUUAACUCUCCCAUGACCCGUUGCACAGAAGUAAAAACACUGGAUGCUCCUGAUUCAAUUUUAACCGGCGACACAACUUCCGAGCGUACAGGAUUAACAAAUAUAUUAACGCGUCGUUUGGGUUUAAUUGUCGGUAGCUGUAUGGGUUUCAUUGUUUUUAUUGUCCUGGUAUCGAUACUCGGUUACAUGAAAAUGAAAAAACAAAGAGCGGCUAUGAAACGGGAACAGCCAUUGGCGCCCAAUCCACCGGAGUAUAUGUCAUAUCGUCAUUUUUCACUCCAAAGUGGUGAUAGGCUAGACAACAAUAAUCCAUGCCCAAGUUUCAUUACCAGUAUUGGCAAUACAACGCUCAAUACGUAGCAUAAAUUUAAUAUUAUUAAUGAUAGUAACUAUUCCGGUGUCGUACGUGACAUCGAAAUGAUUACUAUCAAAGAUUGCAAUAGUAUUUUUCGAUAACUGACUUUAAUGGAUUAAUAUUAUCGUCAUUAUUAUUAUAAUUAUUAUUAUUAUUAUUAUUAUUUUGCUAUUUAAAUCAUACCGUUCAAUGGGAAAAAUGUUGUAAAAAGAAUCAAUAAAAUAUUCUCGUGUCUGGUAUUCUUCCUGAUGGAUUCGAAUUACAGUAAAUUGCUGAAAAAUUACGGUAGAUACCGUUAAGUACGGUAAUUUACGGUAUUCAGAAAAAUUACAGUACCGUACUUUCAUGGUAGUAUUCCAUAAAGUGAAGAAUAUUAAUGUACGACUGGACCUUGCGACAUUGUACCAUAAAAUAUCAUAAAGUACACUUCAAGGUAUUUAGCCAUAUUGUACACGGAGAGAAAAAUAUUGUCAGAAUUACUAUCUAAUGUAUCUUCAAAUAACGUAUCAUCAGAAUAACGAUACGGUUACCUUAAUUACGAAUACUCAUAUGUUCAUUUAAUCGUUUAUAGUAUCAUUAUAGCAAUGAUAUAUAUUUGGUGUAAGGUGAGUAUAGAUUUAUUUAAUUUAAAAUAACGACAAAUAACCUUUGUAAACACAUAUGUAGUUUCAUUGAUGUAACUGUUUUGCCAGCGUGAAAAACCGUGUAUAGUUAAGUCUGCAAAAGAAUGGGCUCUUUGUUACGUCUAACAUGCAAUAAAGACAAAUAUCAUGUACAGUCUCUUAUUUCGAGUCAAGACACUUAAGUACUUUACUCGGGCGACGGAGACCUCGUCGUUACGGUAAUGAGUAUGAGGAAUAAGAUCAAUAUGGAGAAUUAUUCUAGAGAAAUAAUAAUAAUAACGACUGGAUAACUUACAAUUGUUAAUUAUAAAAUUUAUUCAGUUUCCGUUGUAUAAUUGAUGGUUGUUGUUGGUUGGAAGAUCGUUGAUUUUUUGUAAAUUGUAUAAUAUACUGACUAGGACCCCGUAUUCAACGCCUGCUCAGUCAGCACCCCUGGGUGGAUGUGGUUUGGCAGUAUGCUGAGGGUUGAGAACCGUGCGGAAUAAUUUCUUUGAUGCGUGGUACGACGAAUAUUACGACAGAAUUUUAGCUUAGCUGAGAUUUGAAGACUGGACAAUUAGACCGAAAAAUUGCGGGUUUAUAUAGUUCGAAAUCGAGGGGAACCGAGCCGUGCCCCUGGAUCUUGUACUCUAGAGAAAGAGAUGCUUGCUGUACCAGCGUUUAGUUUUAUGUGCUUCUCCUCCUGUGGUUUAUUCUGCACGUGCGGUAUCCAAGGUCAAGCCAAAAGAGUAGAAAAAUAAUUAAAUCAUUUCUUUGAUUAUUCGAUAUUCGAAUUGAGGGUUUCUUUUUUAAUAAAAUUUUCAAUUCGGAUGCUGGUUAUCCGAAAAAAUUCAGCGUCUCCUUAGAAAAGUGAGAAUUAAUGCAUGCUUAGUUUAGGAAUAUUCUGGAAGCGUAAUCAUGGACUUGUUCUUGGUGGCACGCGUCAUCCCGGCUUGGCCUCCAAGUUAACGAAUGGAGGGGUGCCAUCUAAGAGAUAUCGCCCAACACCAGAGCGACUACUGAGUGGCUCCUGUUACUGGGUAAUUAAAACGAGAACUCUUGGGGGACAAGCUAGAAUCAUCGGUUGACAAGCAUGAUGUCAGGGCCGAGGUUUUAUGGCUCAUAAAUCACGCGACUGCGGUCUUGAGCAGAAAUAAAGGAAUUAGAGACCUAACGCGAAUGUGUUUUAGUUUUACUCGUGAAAUUAGGGGUCCUCUCUUGCUCUUCCCUUCUCAGCAUUAAAAAGAGGCACACUGAAUUCGAGAGUGAGUGUACCUAGUAUGUGUGUUGAGUAAUAUAAGUCAUUACUCUAUACACAUGCAGGCUACGUCAGCUAUGUUUUCUGUUUCUAUGUUCUCCUAAUUCAGAUUACCGUGAGGAUGUGCUUGAAUGUUUCAUUACCCUAGUAAUAAUAAAAUCGCUAUGUUACUUUAAUAAUAAAAUUUUAACUCGGUUACGAGAGGACACACACAGUGAUCACCGUUCUAGUUCCCACUACCGUAUUCUCCGCUCCGACGUGGAGGAGAGCUUCUAUAGCGAGAAUACCUCUUCUUAUGUUUAGAGAUUUUUGUCUUACCAGGGUACGGUAGGAUUUCAAUACAUAAAUUUUUUCUUUUAAUUUUUGUGUUCUCUACUCUGGUCGUAACUCUCUUCUCCCACUACUUGGUUAUGGUGAAGUCCAUGACUUUGCACUAAUGCGCAUUCGCAGUAAUGAUUUAAUUGUCGAAAAUGGUGAGAGAAAAGCUCAUUCUUUUGCAGACUUAACUAUAGUUAAAUUUGCUACACAAUAGAUCGUUCUCGGUUGCCUAAAUCAUUAAGCUUGCGCAAAAGUCAUAUCUGAGAUUCAUAUAACACUUAAAAUAAGGUUACGAUCGUCACUUUGACAAUCCACUGUGAGGAUACUCUGUAUAGCUGAAUUGGCUGUAUGGCGUAUCAUUAACCCUUUAGCGCCAGGGAGUCUUAAAUCGUCUUGUUGUGUGAUGAGUGGGAGGAGCACGAAUCAUAACGCGCAGCGAGCUUGUGUGAGUGAAACACAGAAGUAAUAGUGUGAGGUGUGUAUCCUUCCACUGACUCCAGCUCGACUGUGGGAUCAUCGACAGUACCGUAGUUAGUAUUGUUUACAUGGCUAAACUCAGCCGCUUGAAACGUAGGUUAGAAAAAUUUAUUCCUUAUUUUUGAUACGCUUCUGACGGUCCAGACUCCGCUUGACAAGAAAGUGGGGUUUCAAGGCCAAGCGCUAAAGGGUUAAGUAAGAUGAGUAUUCAGUGUAUAAUCAGAAUGACGAUACGUAUACUUACUCUAACAACAUUUUUCUCUCCAUGUACUGCGUUUUACGGUAAAACAUCGUAUUUUGCCGUAAAAUAAGGAAAUUUAUUGUUAAGACGGUAAAAUAUGGUAAGUUACCAUAAUUCGAAUCCGCCGGGACUCGGUGUACGGGACUUAAACGAAUACGCAUACCGCGAUAUGAAAUUGAAAAAAAAGAAAAGUUGAAUAGUAAUAGGAUGAUAUAGAAAAGGAAAUUUUUGUUGUUUGGUUAAAUCGAGACUCGUGCAAUCGAUCUCUUGGAUGUCGAAAAAAAAUUAAUACUGGGCGUUUUAAUAUAUGAACGUCGCAUUAUAAAAAAGUAUAAAAGUAAAGGUUUGAAGCUAAAGUUUGAUAGUUUUAGCUGGGAAUUGUUAAUUUUUAGUCGGGUAAUAAUGGAAAGUCAGAGCUCGAAAAGUUAGAAAUGGAAAAAAACUCGUUUGUUUUAUUUUGCAUUUUGAGUUGUAACUUUGUUGGAAAAUUAUUGAGGUUAAUUUUGGCAAAGUCUUUUUAAAGAACGGACUUUUUAAGAUUAAAGAAGCUGGUCAUUAAAGUAUGAAAAUUUAACCUCAAAGUAAGCUUUUAAGGUAUACCAUCGAAAUCUAUGAGAAAUGUUGUUCCAAGUAAUGCUAUUACCUAAAGGUAUAAAAAAUUAAUAAACUAAAAAUUCAUUUACUUCAUUUCAUUUUUUUUUUUUUUUUGUUUAAUAAAAAAUAGUCGUUAAAUAUAUAUAAUAUAUAAAUAGCAAUGUAUAGAAAAAAAAAUUCAAACAACGAUGCGCUAAAUUGAACGCAAUCUUUGUAUCUCUUGCAUUAAAGACUGAUUUUCUAUUAACGCUCUUAAUAAUUAAUUAAAAUUAUUUACAUUUUU